GUUCGUCCGGACAUGUUUUGUUUCACGCAGGCCGCUCGCUUUCGGACUUUCGCGUGAGAGUGGUAUGAGGUAUCUCGUCGCACACUGCCGCCGAUCAGAAUGUUCUCGCCGUCCGCGUCUAUCACCGAUUUCGACAGCGACGAGGACAAUUACCCGUACUACUACAGCGGCGUCGGCGUUUCUCGCAGUAACAGCAGCCUCGGCAGCAGCAGCAGCAACGCGGAGAAGCCACAGUCGUGUCGCGUGUACGAAUUCGGCGAGUUCGAGGAAAACUAUGGCUGGAUUCAAUGCCAAUCCAAGAGCUGUCCCGACCAUGUGUACUAUCACAACACGCGCAGCGGCUGCAGCACGUGGUACAGACCUGUUUCGCGCUACCUGGACAUCCCAUUCGUCUCCGUCAGAAGGGCAAACUGCACGGGCGAUGCCUUGGAAGCGAGCGAUUUGGAACUGAUGUCGGUAUCGGACGACGAGAGGGAGGCGAACAUGAAACGAGUACCCGCACGCGAUCGCGACGGAUCGUUGAUCGAUGCCUUGGACAUCAUCGCGCGAUGUUACUACACACCCCAGGCGGGUCCGAUCUCCGACGCGGAUGACUCGUGCAACGCGAGCGACUGCGACGUGAAGAGGGAACAAGCGGACAUGAGCGGCGGCGGCGACGUCGACGACGACGACGACGGCGGCGAUUCGCCGUUGUACGCGGCGAACUUCCUCGAGACCGAAUUUUACGUGAAGGACACCGAGGAGAUGUUCAACUUCCCGUUGAAGGACGACAGUUCGGACGACGUGUCUGCCCUCCGCACGGGGCGCGUCAUAUACGGCUUGCCGCGUCUGAGGAGGAUCGACCGCGAGAGCCAGUUGAUCAAGCCGAGGAGGACGCGCAUCGUCGAGAGCCGGCAGAAGCCGGGAGAGCCCAGGAAGAUCGUCUGCGACAUGUAUGGCGUACGGACCAUCAGCUACGAUCUGCCCGAACCGAAACAGGUGUGCGCGACAAUGGGAGUGAAGAUGUCGACGUUGAGCGCGAGCGGUAGCGACAGCGACGCGAGCAUGCCACCCUCGCCGUCGCGACGCGCGAAAACGAUGACGCGUCCGUUCGAGUCCGAGGGGUGCGACAUAGGGAAGAGCUUGCAUCAACCGUUGCUGAGCGACUCGAGCUCUAGCUCCAGCUCUAGCUCCAGUUCUAGCUUUAGUUCUAGCUCUAGUUCUAGCUCUGGCUCCGACUCCAGCUCCGACUCUUCGAGUUCUAGCGCUUGCUCGUGCUCGAGGUGCAGAAAAGCUUAACGCUCGAUCGAAAUGUUAUAUCCUGUUUCUUUUGUAUAUUAUCUUUACGUAGACACAUACGGAUCAGUAUUCUCUCAUUGUUGAAUAAUUUUAUUUUAGAAUUUUAUUUUUUGGUGACCAAGCUUCCAGUAUCCAAGAUUUUUUUUAUUAUUUUUCUAUCUUUUUUUUUAUGUUUUUACAUCUGACUAGUCACUAGAUAAUUAGUACUUAAUAUUUGUUAUAUCUUGUUUUUUCGUAUUCAAUUAUGUAAGUUUCUUUCUCCUACGACGGACAUGUCUUUUCUCUCGCGACAUGCGAAUAGCAAUAAAAUUGAUAUUAUUUAUUUUUUCCUAAGACUCUAACUUCUAGGAUAGAAUUCAAAUAUUUCCAAGUUCUAUCCAUCUAUGGUCGACAUUUCUUUUCUAUCGCGACAUGCGAAUAAUAAUAAAAUCGAUUUUAUAUUAUUUUUUCCUAAGACUCUAACUUCUAGGAUAGAAUUCAAAUAAUUCAAAGUUCUAUCCAUCUACGACCGACACUUUUUUUUUAUCGCGACAUGCAAAUAAUAAAAACGAUUUUAUAUUCGUUUUUUUCCUAAGAUUCUAAUUUCUAGGAUAGAAUUCAAAAAAUUCCAAGUUCUAUCCAUCUACGACUGACAUUUCUUUUCUAUUGCGACAUGCGAAUAACAAUAAAAUCGAUUUUAUAUUCAUUUUUUCGUAAGAUUCUAACUUGUAGGAUAGAAUUCAAAUAAUUCCAAGUUCUAUCCAAGCGAUAAGAUUCACAAAACGUAUAAAAAAAAAAAAUAUUUUUUUGUUUUCGAAUAAUAUGUCGCGAGAAAUUCGACGCGUGAAAUGUAAAACGCCUUUACGUUAGGACAUCCGUCGUAGGCCGCGAUUUUUGCGCGCGCUGCGAAGGGUCCCCUAAAAAGGGGGACAGGGGAGCGAGAGAGGGAAGCGUUCCUCUUUCGCUCGCGGGCAUUCUCGGUAUCCCGCAGUUGGGAUCAGUAAGGUAGGAGUGCCAGGGCAGCCAGGGAGAUGCAGGUGCAACGGUGCGCGCCUCGGGUCCGUCACCGUGGCGUGCCUCUCGUCUCGCUUUAAGCACGAAGGUUGCGUUUUUGCUGGUCUCGCUGGUGCCGUAGUGCGUCCCACCGCGUGGCAACGCGCCGCGUU